AUGAAUACCCUUACAAGAAUCUAGCUAAAGGAUUUAAGUAAAAGUUUUGUGGGCACUCUGAUCUUGUUUAUUCCUUUUGGGAAGGGCCAACGAGCAUUGGAAAUAAGUAUAAAUAAAAAGUGUUUCACUAUUGACUACCAAGCCAUUGCCAAUUCCUCCUACUAUGAAGAAGAUAUACACCUCUGUUCACCAUCUCACUUUCUUACUUCUGCUUCAAGUCUUGAUUACCCAUGCAUCUCGUUCUUCUGCUUCUGCUGCUGCAGGUAAUGAACAAAAGGAUUUCCACAUUGUUUAUCUAGGAGAUCCACCUGAGGGUGUCUCGGCAGUUGAACACCAUAUGCAUGUCUUGUCCUCUGUCAAGAGCAAUGAUGAAGCUGUGGAUGACAUGGUGUAUAGUUACACCAAGAGCUUCAGUGCAUUUGCAGCUAAACUGUCUCCAAGUGAAGCCCAAAGGCUAUCAAGACAUGAGAAAGUCCUUGGCGUGUUCCCAAACCGUUAUCACAAGCUGGACACGACAAAAUCAUGGGAUUUCCUUGGACUUCCCAAGACGGCAAAGAGAAACCUUAAAACAGAGAGGAACAUAGUCGUUGGUCUUCUGGAUACAGGUAUCACUCCACAAUCUAGCAGCUUCAACGAUCAUGGCUUUGGCCCUCCACCUAAGAAAUGGAAAGGCGGCACUUGUUCUCGCCACGCCAACUUCUCCGGAUGCAACAACAAGAUAAUAGGAGCCAAGUACUUCAAGCUAGACGGGAACCCAGACCCAAGCGACAUCUUAUCUCCAAUCGAUGUGGACGGCCAUGGGACCCACACAUCUUCGACCCUAGCCGGGAACUUGGUCCCUCAAGCCAGCCUGUUUGGGCUAGCCAGAGGGUCAGCUCGUGGAGCAGUGCCCGGAGCCAGGAUUGCCAUGUACAAGGUCUGCUGGGUCAGUUACGGUUGUUCCGAUAUGGACUUGCUUGCUGCAUUCGAAGCUGCGAUACACGAUGGCGUUGAUAUCAUAUCGAUCUCUAUCGGUGGUGUGAAUGCGGAAUAUACAUCUGAUGCAUUAGCCAUCGGUGCAUUCCAUGCGACCAAGAAUGGUAUUUUAACUGUGGCAUCUGCUGGGAAUGAUGGGCCUAACCCAGCUUCUGUGAGGAACCAUGCGCCGUGGAUCUUGACUGUGGCAGCUAGUGGGAUUGAUAGGACGUUUCAGAGCAAAGUACAACUUGGAAAUGGCAAGAUUUUCUCGGGAACUGGUGUGAGUCUCUUCCAGCCAAAGGAGAAGCUUUACCCUCUGGUUAGCGGAUUUGAUGCGGCCAUUGAUGAAGAUAACAAGGAGACUGCAAGAUUCUGCUAUGAUGGAUCGAUGGACGCAAAGAAGGUGAAGGGAAAGCUAGUUUACUGCAAGCUAGGGCAGUGGGGUAGGGAUUCUGUCGUGAAAAGUUUGGGAGGUGUAGGGACAAUAGUUGAGAGUGAGCAAUAUCUCGACAUUGCCCAAAUUUUCAUGGCACCAGCCACAAUGGUAAAUUCAUCAGUCGGAGACAGCAUUGACAGUUACAUUCAUUCCACAAGGUGUGUUUGUUGUUACUGCCCCCUGAUUAGUCACAACACAAAGCCUCCUCGAUUUCAAUUCAUAACCACUACGUCUGCGUUGCAUGGCAUUGACAACAGAUCACCAGGAGCUGUGAUAUACCAUACACAAGAAGGGAAAGUGGAUGCUCCAUUUGUAGCCUCGUUUUCAUCCAGAGGUCCGAAUCCGGGGUCGACUCGCAUUCUCAAGGUAUCACCUGGAAUCGACAUCUUAGCGGCGUACACUCGAUUGAGGACACUGACCGGAUUAGACGGGGACACCCAGCGCUCUGACUUCACGCUCAUGUCCGGAACUUCCAUGGCUUGCCCACACGUUGCUGGAGCCGCCGCAUAUGUCAAAUCCUUCCACCCCAACUGGACUGCCGCAGCCAUCAAAUCUGCCAUCCUCACUACAGCUAAACAAAUGAGCCGAAGGGUGAACAACGACGCAGAGUUCGCAUACGGGGCAGGACAACUGAAUCCUGUCAGGGCUCGAAGCCCGGGGUUGGUGUACGACAUGGACGAGAUGGCAUACGUCCAAUUCCUCUGCCACGAAGGCUACAAAGGCUCGUCCCUAUCGGUCCUAGUUGGCUCGAAAUCCAUAAACUGCUCCACCAUCAUUCCCGGGCUUGGCUACGAUGCGUUGAACUAUCCGACCAUCCAAAUGCGAGUGAAGAGCCAGCAGAAACCAACGGUGGCGACUUUCCAGAGGAUGGUGACCAACGUUGGGCGCGGGCCCUAUCCGGUGGUUUACAAUGCCACCAUUGAAGCUCCCAAAGGUAUGGAGAUCACUGUGAAGCCCAUGACUCUGUCUUUCUCGCGCGUCAACGAGGAGAGGAGCUUCAAGGUUGUGGUGAAGGCAGAGCCCAUUGCCGGGUAUUCUGGGAUUCUGUCCGGAGAGCUUGUGUGGAGAAGCCCUGGGCAUAGCGUUAGAAGCCCUGUCGUGGUUUACAAGCAACAGGACUAAUUCGAUUCCUUUAUUUUUUUGUAAAAAUGUUUGUAUAUUGUGUUCAUCGGUCGCUUGUUUUGUGAUCGUUCAGUCUAUUGCUCGAUCAAGUUUCGAUUAUUAUUUAUAUAAAUAAUUGAUCUUUAUAUUGUUUCUAAUGUACUCUUUGAAAAUGUUUGUUGUUUCAUGUAUCCGAAUUUAUUCGGAUUUUAUGAGACAUCGAUAUGUUAUUGGAUAACUUCUUACCU